UUUAACAUGACGGGUCUACAACUUACCCCAGGUGUAGUUCAUUACUCAAAUGUUAUAGCCUACAAUUAUGCUGGAGCCCAUACAACAGCCACAUCUGAUGGUUUUGUUGUUGACUCUACACUACCUAAGUCAGGAAUUGUGUAUGAUGGAUUAGGAAGUACAGACUUAGAGUAUAUGAACUCCUCUGAAUCUGUUUCUGCACACUGGCAUGGCUUUACAGAUACAGAAUCUGGUAUAGCGACGUACUAUUGGUGUUUUGGGACAAGAACAUAUGUAGACAACAGGAAGCGAGACAAGACAGAAUGUAGUGUCCUUGGAUGGACAAAUGCUGGUUUACAUGUUUCUGCUUCCAGUAAUAUAUCUACUGAGAUACCCCAAGGUAACAGAUUAUACGAAUAA